CUUCUUGCCGAAUUUUUCGGUGUAAAUGGCUUUCACUGGUCCAGGGACAUCCUUUCCCUUCGUUGAUGUAUAAAAUUGCGGUCCUGGCAGAGUCUUAUAGUCCAGUUUUAUGUAGGUUUCGUCAUUCAUGAUAACACACCCCAUUUUUUUGGUCAGAAGUUUGUCAUUAGGCUUCCGAGCUCUCGGUUUCACAGAUUCAGCUUGUUUUAGAUGUCGUUUUGGCUGCUUCUGCUUCCGACGGGUCUGCAGACCCAUUCUUCCCUUGGCACGCAUAACGUUACUCGCCGAGGUUCCAAGCUUUCUCGCCACAUCUCGUACUGAUACUGCAGGAUGCCGCUUGUAGUAUUCCUUAACCUUUUUGUCCAUUGUGGGAUCAACAGGCCCCCCAGUCAACAAUUUCAUAUGUAUAACUUAAUUGCGACAUGCAAAUACAGAAACAUAUAGGGUAAAUAUGUAUAAAACGCCCCCCCGGGGCAUAACGCCCCAGUCGAUUUAUUCGGAAACACACAAAAAAUAAGACAUGAGACUAAUGGGAAUCCGUAGCGGGUCGUAGGACCAACCUUCCGUGCAAGUUUGAUAAUUGUCACUAGCAGCAAAAAAUAAACAAAAAUCAAUUUUGAUUUGAGCUGCUUCAGAUCUAAUUUCUUGCAGCGUUUCCGUAACGUUUUUUCACUAGCGUAUAAAGUUUAUUACCUGGUAUUUGCACUUAUAUUACUCAAAUGAACCUUUAAUCAGCUGUAUCUAGUGAAGAAACGAUGAAAAUUGUAUAAUUUGCUUAAGUAUUCAAUGCUUUCUGCUACAUUACAGCUCCGGGCAAUAUGCCCCACCGCUAGCCGGGCUGAUUUGUUCAUUGCUUUAGCGUUUGCUUCUGAGACUUCAAGCGCUGUUUCACUUCGCGUGCUGAGCUGCCAUAUGAAGCUACUGCAUGGGGCAUAUUAUACUGCAUCUGGGGCGUUUUGCCCCGGUAGAUUGGAAAGCUUGCAAUUUUGUCAUAUUUUUUAAUAGAAUUAUGGCGUUUUUGUGUAACAGUAAUUACAAAACAAAAUAAUAGCAGUGCAUUACCAACUAAAUAGUGUAUCCAACUGCGUGAAAGAUUUGUUGUUUGUGAUAAACAUAGCUACAAUAUUGACGAUGUUCCUUAGGGGGGGCGUAUUAUACCUGUUUACCCUACAUUAUUGUUAAAUCGUAUCUGCUGCAGAAUAUUACAAUAUACAAAUCAAAGUGGAGGCGAUAUACAUACUUUAACUCUUCGACCAACAAAUAUAACGACAAAAAUCAUUCCUUAUAACGACUUAAUGUUGUGUUUCUUGUGACUUCUGCUGAUAGUCAGAAUUAGUUUCUAUUUACAUUUAUCCGAUUAAAAGUAUAGCUUUAUACGAGUUUGAAUGAACAACUGUAAUGUGUAAAAAAAUGAAACUUGGAACUUUCCAAAGGUCAAGCGUAAACUUGAACUCAGUAUUAGUUCAAUAGAACACCUUUAUCAAUAUAAACCAUUAUCCUUACCUAUAUAAAUAGCCUGCUUUUGCUGGUUUCGAACCUCUGACGUUGCGCUUAUCAGGCCUCCACAGUUCCACAGUACCAUAUAGUCACUGUGAAGAGUCUUUGUUUAAAGCAAAUAAUAAGCGAGAGAACUCAGUCUUGAAUAGGGUAUAUUUACCAGUGGUGGACCCUUUCCGUAUUAUGGACUUUAACAAACUAAUUUCUUGAAAACUUGAACCAUUCUUGAACAUUAAAUUGUUUCCAUUUCAUAUUAAAUAAUAAAACUCUUGCUAACUUUUUUUUGUGAAAGAUGAAUUAUAUUUUGGUUCAGGAAAAUUGGUAAUACGCUUAUGGUGUCCAUUACCGGGUAAUUUACCCUACGUGUGCAGAAAUAAACAUGCACGCAUCAUUGCCUAUUUUAGUUUUUGUUUUUACGGUCACGAAUUUCGAAACUACCAAUCAGGAAGCUGUUUCAUUCCUAACAGUAAAAUGGCUUCUUUUUAUUACGACUUGUGAUGUUCGUUAGCCAUCGUUUCCCAACACACGCGAUAGACAGUUUACAUACACAUAGAAUCGUUAUUACGUUUGCAAACGUAUACGAUGCGAACGGACGUUUAAUAUCUGACGUGUUUGUUUACCUGCAUGAAGUUUUCUCGGUUGGAUACGUGAGUGAUUACGUAUUUAGGUAAGUUAUAAUGUGAAAAUCGCGUAUUUUCAUCUAUUAAAUGUAUUUCACCUGUUUGUUUUUCUUUAAGGAAUGUUCGCUGUAGUACAACUAAUUGAAAACCAAAAAUUCAAGGUGCUGGUUGUCCCCGUUUCUUGGAUAAGGAAUGGAGUACUCCUUUGGCCAAAACUGCUUUCCGAACAAAAAAUUGAAGAGCUGAGAAUAAACGGAACAGCCUAUAAGGGAGCUACAAAGCAAAUUCCUGUGAUCGUACAAAAAGGUCGCAACCGCGGAAGCUGCAGCGGAUGACCUUGCUAUGAAGGAAGUUUCAGACGUCGAUGGCAAAAAGAAAAGGUUAAAACCUGAGAAAAAGAAGAAAGCCGCUGCUGUGAAAGACUAUAACAAGCUUUUUGCAGAAAUUAGUAAUGUUAACAGCUCGACACAAUCAUUGGAACCAGUGAAACAUCGGACUAUUGAAGAUACCGUAGUGGGUCAGUCACAAUCCUGUAAAACCGGCCCGUCGAUACAUGUUACACCAUUUGAGCAAGAGCUCAUUCCACCUACAGUUCUAAAAGUUCAAGUAGGCGGUAAUAGUUCAAGUCUCCAGAAUUCUGCUCGCUCAGGAAAUCAACUGUUGUAAUAAUGAACGUAAGUAUUACUAUUUAUACAUAGCGUAUUCAGUUAUUCAAGUUGUGUAACAACAAUUUUGUUUUGAGCAAACAACCAUUUCGCUAUAACGAAAUUCAGAUUUUUAACAGUUCAAUAUUUUAGGUGAAAUUUCUACAACACAGUUAAAACAAACAACAGUUAUAGAAGAGAUGGAAUUAAAUCAGACACAAUGUGAGAACUCCGCAGUUGCAGAAUCGCAAAAUAUACUUUAUUCAAUUCCUUCAUAUCCGUCGAUCAAACCAGAUUCUGUAUAUGUAACUGAUGGUGGUUUGAUUCACUUGACUGACCCACACGAAUUAUCAGCACCAAUUCUUACAUUGUCAGAUUUUCAAAAGGAAAUGGAUGUUUUGAAGCAGGAUUUCAGCAUUCUUAUACUAACAAAUACCGAAAAAGCUAUCGAAAAAAGUUUCCAAGAUAACUUUGCCAGGUUUUCAUCACUUUUCGAAAUAUAUGGAAAACGUUUGGAACUGACUUCAAAAGAUGAAUCGCUUGUGGAAAAUCAUUCGUUGAUAGACAGCGAAGAAGAUCCAAGUACCUGGAAUUCUGCAUUAUCCCACAGUGAUAUUGAACACAAAUAUCUGACGUAUUUUUCUAAAAUAAUUAUCCCUAAUUCGUACAAUGGCAAUGGUGACAACGCCUGCUAUACUGCGGUCGACUGUUUAUUUACAAGAAACUUCUGGAAUCAGUUUACUUGGACUGGUAUUAACAGAGGAGCUAAGUCCAAGCGUGGGUUUCGUGAGUUUGGUAACGUUACCCAGCAUAUAUUAAAGAUAGUACAAAUCGGAGACCCCUUGUAUACAGCUCAAAAACUGGAAGCAUUCUGUAAAACAAGGCUAUUCCGAUAUGCAAAAGCCCGAUCUAGCAAUAAACAGUUGAGACGUUCAGCAUGUAGGCCAGGAAGGAAAUUGAUUACUAAGAAGAUUCUAAAUCAAACUGAUUCCAAUAUUUUGGUUCAAACUGUUCAUACUGGCGCUGGAAUCGAUAAAUCCGUUCAUGAGAGCAAAGAAUAUUUUCCAAAUGUUCAAGAUACCGAAAGCGGAAGUGAGGAUGAUGAUCUUAAUGGUUCUAUUGAAGUUUCGAAAGGCGGCGUUGAGGAUGAUGAAUAG